AUGUAUCGCACAGCUGGUCCGUCGGAGCUCCUUGCCGUCACCGGAUCCUUCAUCACAGAACCAGACAUCAGGCUUGCUAAGAAGAAAUGGAUAUGGCCUGGCCAGAAGUGGAUCAAGGUGGACCUCACUCCGGUGAACUACACGUUCGAAGUGCAGGCCAUGAGCGCCGAAAAGCUUCCGUUCAUCCUUCCGGCGGUCUUCACCAUCGGCCCCAAAGUGGACUGUAAUGAGAGCAUGUUGAAGUAUGCCAGGCUCAUGUCACCCCAUGACAAGCACUCCAACCAUGUCACAGAGCUCGUUCAGGGUGUCAUCGAGGGCGAGACUCGCGUCCUCGCCGCCUCCAUGACCAUGGAAGAGAUCUUCCGCGGCACCAAAUCAUUCAAGCAAGAGGUUUUUGAUAAAGUUCAGCUUGAACUCGAUCAGUUUGGCCUUCGCAUCUAUAACGCCAAUGUCAAACAACUCGUGGACGUCCCAGGCCACGAGUACUUCUCCUACCUAGGCCAAAAAACGCAGAUGGAGGCUGCCAAUCAAGCCAAGAUUGAUGUUGAGGAGGCGACGAAGAAGGGUGAGAUUGGUGCAAAGGAACGACGAGGGCUGACAGCACAGAAUGCGGCUAAGAUUGACGCUGAGACAAAGAUUAUAUCUACACAGAGGCAAGGAGAGGGUAAGAAGGAGGAAGUCAGGGUGAGGAGUGAAGUGCAGAUAUUUCAGAACCAAAAGGACGCUGAUGUGGCUGAGGCCAACGCCAAGUUGGCGGCAUUGAAGGCAGAUUGGGGUAAGAACGCGCAGUUGGCAGAGGUGGAGGCGGCGAAGGCAGUGGCUUUAAGGGAGGCUGAGCUGCAGAAAGAGUUGGAGACAAAGAAUGCUUUGACUCGGACGGAGAGACUCAAGGCUGAGUUGCUGAGUAAGGCCAGUGUGGACUAUGACAUUCAGGUGCAAGGGGCAAAUUCAGAGUUGUACAAGAAACAGAAAGCGGCAGAAGCAGUUUUCUAUGAGAAGCAGAAGCAAGCGGAGGCACAGAAAGCAAAUGCAGAUGCCGUCUUCUAUGCAAAGCAGAAGGAAGCUGAAGGAAUCACUGCAAUAGCAAAAGCUCAAGGCGCUUACUUGAGUACCCUUCUCAAAGAACUCAAUGGAAACUAUGGAGCAGUCAGAGAUUACAUGAUGAUCAAUGGUGGUAUGUUCCAAGAAAUUGCCAAGAUUAAUGCUGAAGGCGUUCGUGGACUGCAGCCCAAGAUUAGCAUUUGGUCUGGGGCCAAUGGUGGCGGUGAGGGCAGUACUGGUGGCGUGAUGAAGGAUAUUGCCGGGGUGUACAAAAUGUUGCCACCAAUGUUCCAGACAGUUCAUGAGCAGACUGGGAUGCUACCACCAGCUUGGCUAGGCACAAUGCCUGAUUCCAAAAACUCCACCUCUUCUUAAUUAGUUGCUUCUUAAUUAGUAGUUGUUUUUUCUUUUUAAAGAUGGUCAAGUAGGGCUUUAAUUUUCUUAUGCUUUAAUAUAAUGUAGUAGAGCAUCACUACAUUUAGACUCUGUUCAGCUCCAUGAA